AUGAAGCAUGAUAUUGAAGUAACCUCAGAUUUUCAAUGCAAUGAGAAGCCUGUAAAAGGUACAGUGAAAUGGAGCCACAUUGAAGCAUUUUAUCAGUUGGACAAAACCAACCCCAAUUUAGUUUAUGCUCCUCAACUGACAGAUAAUCAUUUGCGUCCAAAUUGUCAGCAGAAAAUGAGAGUAAAAUUAGCAGCACAAGUGUUUAGCCACUCUGUUACAACUGGCAUGUUAAUGAAAAUUGCUCAAAAUGAACUUCCGGCCGAAGCCCAUCAAUCACAACAAAUAGAAGAAGACACAGAUCAGACAGAGGAUGACCCUCUGAUAAGAAACCGUACAAGUACGGUUUCCACACCAUCCACACCACCAUCUAGAUCACCAUCCAGACCACCAUCCAUACAAGUUGUUACUAAUAAACGUCGUCGCCCUGCUUCUGAAAUGGCUGAAAAGCAAAUGGACGUGGCUUUUGGACAAUUAACAAAUGUUUUGGGUCAAAGGCAGAAUGAAAAUAUACCUGCUCACAAAGACGAUGAUUGCGAUCUAUACGCAAAAUUAUUGGCUAUAAAGCUACGUGAACUGUCAACUGAUGAACGAAAAAAUAUGAUGUACCAAAUAGAUGGGUUGUUUAUAAACAGAAUCAGUCAAAAAUCAAAUGAGCAUCAUACACCAUACCCUCAAUAUUAUUCUCGACCGUCGUCAAUGGCUGGUGCAUAUUCAACACCAUCUCCUCAAGUCAUUCCGAGUCGGCCAACAUCAGUUAAUAGUGUUUAUUCUGAACCUAUUCAUAACAACCAAAGUUUUUUUCCCUCUCCAAACACACAAACUUCUUAUUCAGCGCCAGACAUGGCAAAACAUAUACCAACUCCAAUAGCUCCAGCUCCGUCUACAUCAACAGCACCCUCGUCAUCUAUUCGUAUCAUAUCGGACCAAAUCAUCAACCCAGCCCCACGUGAAACCAACAUUAUAAACAUGGCUAUGUUGAAUGCUUGCGAAGAUUUUGAUUCGUCGACAUAA